AUGUUCGUGGUCAAAACACAAGGCACAAGGCACGUUAUUAUAGGCGAUUGGUUAUCCACUCCCCGAUGUAGAAGCAAUAUGUUGCAUAUAUUAGUUUUAUAUGAAACAACGUGUGAAGAAUCUGCUGCGUCAAUCAACUUACUUUCAAAAUGCGAUUUCCACCUACAAAGACGACCGAGUAAUCCAAAUGUUCUGAAAUUUGUGUAUACAAUUCAAUCAAGACGAAGGAAGGGAUAUACUGCUCUACUUGUUACAAAAGCUCAACAGGAUUUCCAAUUCACGGUAUUCUGCCAAAAUGACGAGUCACCCAACUUCUUUGCAAAAUUGAAAUGUAUAAAAAGAGAUUAUUUAACCAGAAAGAGUAAUUUAGAUGUAGAUAUUCUGUAA